AUGCCUCCACGCACGUCCUCCGAUACAUCAAAGAAGAGACAAAAAGCUGCUAUUGAAUCAAGUAGUAGUAGUAGCAGUGAGGAUGACGAUUUUGAUUUGAUUGAAGAGGUAUUAGAUGAUUCCGAGAGCGAGGACGAAAUUGAAUUCAAACCUCGUCGUGCAUCUUCUUCUUCCAACAAGAAACAAAACUCCACUCAAAAGAAAAAUACAAAUUCAUCUUCUUUGUCUUCUUCAUCUAACAAGAAGAAACAAACCACAAACAAUAGAAAAAAGAAAAAGAAAAACAGCUCAGACGAAGAAUCAAGUAGCAAUAGCGAUUCCGAAGAAAAGAACAAAAAGAAAUCAAAAAAGACCGACAAGAAGAAAACACAACCCACAGAAAAAGACAAAGAAAAGAUGAAUAAGCUUUGGGAAAGAUUUGUCACUGGCAAACCACGAUUAUUAAUUGGAUGUCAUGUGGCGUUUGGCUCGCUUGGAAUUGAGCAUGCUCCAUUGGCAGCUGCAGAGAAUGGAUGUUGCGGAGCAUUUGCAUUGUUUUUAGGAAAUCAAAAGACAUAUGCUCAGAAGGAUUACACGGACAAACAAGUUUCUAAAUUCAUUGAAAAUUGUAAAGCUUUGAAUUAUGACAGGGAUUAUUUAUUGCCACAUGCAAGCUAUUUGAUCAAUUUAGCAAAUCCUGACAAGGAAAAGUUAGCGAAAUCAAAAACUCUAUUUCUCACAGAAUACAAGAAGUGCGAAAGAUUGGGUCUGAAGAGGUAUAAUUUUCAUCCUGGAUCUACCGUAGGAGAAACGACAGUGGAAAAUGGAUGCAAACAAAUUGCAGAAUGUAUUAAUUGGGCAAACUCACAAGUUGAUAAUGUAAUAUCCGUGUUAGAAUGUGUUGCUGGAAGUGGAAAUACCAUUGGUCAUAAAUUUGAGCAAUUGAAAAUGAUUAUUGACCAUGUGGAAGAUAAGAAUAGAGUUGGCAUUUGUUUAGACACGUGUCACAUGUUUGCUGCUGGCUAUGAUUUACGAACACAAGAGGGAUGUAAAAAAGUGUUUGACGAGUUUGAUCAGAUUAUUGGAUUCAAAUAUUUGAAGGGAAUGCAUCUCAAUGAUAGCAAGGAAAAUCUCAAUUCCAAGAAGGAUCGACACGAAGAUAUUGGACAAGGUCAUCUUGGUUUAGAGGUGUUUAAAUACAUUGUCAACAAUCCAAAAUUUAGAAAUAUCCCACUGAUAUUGGAAACUCCAGGAGGAAACUACAUUAAGGAGAUUGCAGAGCUGUACGAUUUGUAUACAGGAGAAGAGGACGAAGUAAAGCCAAGCAGUAGUGAAAUUUCGAACUAA